AUGCUCUUUUCCCGAGUUCUGUUGACGUUUGGUGCUGAAGGCUUUGGCUCGGCGCAUUUUGUAAUUCCAAAUGAUGACCAGGACAUGAUUGGUCUGGCAGUGAACUCGAUACCCGCAGCGAGGCGAGUUGAGUGCGUGCAGAAGACAAACGUGGCACUUUUCCAGCAAAGCGGACCUUGCCCCUUUGCCGCGUUUGGCACCAUCAUCGUAAACCACACCAGCGAUGAGGUUGUUUGUGAGGGAGCAAACUUCGGAAAUGGUGACCCUACAAGUAAGUUUGAGGACAGUGAUUUUGCUAAACAGGGCAUGGCACCUACGUAG